AUGAGUUACUUCCUGUCUUACUGCAAAGCUCAUGGCGGCGCGCUGCUCACCGGCUACCAGGCCCUGCGCGCCGAGGGUUUCUUGUGCGACGUGACACUGGAGGCCGAGGGCAGCGAGUUCCCGGCGCACAGGUCUCUGCUUGCGUGCUCCAGCGAUUACUUCAGGGCGCUGUUCAAGAGCCACACCCGGGAAUCACGGGCGCGCGUGAUCCACCUGCACGUGCCGUCGGCGGCCGGCCUGCAGCGCUUAUUGGACUUCAUCUACACUGCCUGGCUGCCUCUCUCCAUGGAUACCGUGGAGGACACUCUGGAGGCCGCCAGCUACCUGCAGGUCACCGAGGCCUUGGGGUUGUGUGGUCGCUACCUGGAGCGUCAGCUGGCCCCAGAGAACUGCUGCUUCACCGCCAACGUGGCAGCGCGCUUUGGCCUGGCGCAUACAGUGGGCGCGGCUGAACGCUGCAUCGUGCGCCACUUGCGGGAACUGCUUGCGCUGGGUGUGGGGCCUGCGGGGCUGCUGGAACUGAAUCCAGCGUCCCUAAAGGCCAUGCUAGGUGACCCCGACGUGGCACGGGUGCCCGAGGCCCGGUUGUUGGGUCUGACGCUGGCCUGGCUGCGGCAGGAGCCAGCAGCCGAGCGCCUGGCGCACAGUGCUGCGCUGCUUGAACGUAUACGUUUUGGCCUGGUGCCCCCUGAGGUCCUAAGGCGUGUAUACUCAGGCUCCGGUCUUGCCCUGCCCGCUCGGGUCAAGGGUCUCAUCAUCCAGGCCCUUAACUAUCAUACAGCACCCUCCCGCCAGCCGCUCCUACACUGUGAACAGACUAGCAUCCGGAGCCCCCAGACCCGCAUCUUGUUGAUCGGGGGUCGCAGGGGGCGGGAGGCGGUGAUAGAGGAGGUCGUGGUUCCACGGGCAGCAGCCAGGCACCCAGGCCCAGCAGCUGAACCCCAGGAGGAGGAGGAGGAGGAGGAGGAAGAAGAAGAGAUGGAGGAGGAAGAAAAGGAGUGGGAGGUCACCCAGGACGUGGUGGCCUUUGACGUGUACAACCACCGUUGGCGCAGCCUCACGCGGCUGCCUACACCACUGCUGGGGCACAGCGUGUGUACCGUGGGUAACUUUCUGUUUGUCCUGGGUGGGGAGACUUCUUUUGGCAGCCCCUCCACUCCCCUGGCUGAUGGCCCAUGGGCGGUCACGGCCCAAGUGCACCGUUAUGACCCGCGAUUCCACGCUUGGACUGCGGUGCCCGACAUGAGAGAAGCGCGCGCCUACUUCUGGUGCGGUGUGGUGGGCGAGUCUCUUCUGGCUGUUGGAGGCCUAGGAGCUAGUGGUGAAGCUCUGGCCUCGGUGGAGAUGUACGACCUGCGCAGGGACCGCUGGACUGCAGCUGCGACGCUGCCUCGGGCGCUGCAUGGCCAUGCAGGGGCCAUUGGAGACCGGGAUGUUGUGUACAUCUCUGGGGGCAAGGCGGGGAGAGGUGAGGGCGGUGCUAGUAGCCUCCGGGACUUGUAUGCCCUGGGCCCUGGGGAGCGUAUAUGGAGCAAGAAGGCGCCCAUGGGCACAGCCCGCUUCGGGCACCAACUGGCGGUGCUGCGAGGCGCAGUGUUUGCCUUUCUGGGACGAUAUGAACCCUUCUCCGAGAUCGAGCGCUAUGACCCUGGUUCGGAUCAAUGGACUCGGUUGAGGCCACUGCCCUAUGACCGCUUCUGCUAUGGGUUGGCAGUGGUGGAGGAGACUGUGCUGCUGCUGGGCGGCCUCAAGUGGCGGGACUCGCGCCAGGUGCCUACCCGUAAUGUGGUGGGUUACGACCUGGACCUCGACCGCUGGGAGGACAUCAGCUGCGCGCUGCCCUGGGCCUGGAGCGGCCUACAGUGCGCGGUGCUGCAGCUGACUGAGGGUGGGGAUGAAGAAAGGGAGGAAGAGCCUGGAGACUUGCUAGGUUUAAUGCUGGGUUAG